AUGAAAAACCAACGAGGAGCUGGACAMAUGAUGGUCUUUCACGGURGGCGUUUUCAAAAAGGAURYGGACAAGUGGGUUAUGGCCUGRGAUCCUUUUUCCAAUCUCUAGCAAGAARUGCCAUGCCAUUUUUGCAGAAAGGAGCCCAAUCGUUGGGCAAAGCAACUCUUGAUGCAGGUGURAAUAUUGCAAAAGAUGUUUUAGCWGGAAACAACCUGAAAGAUUCGGCUCAAGCUAGAUUACAACAGACUGCAAAGACCAUAAAAGACCAGGCCCUGAACCACAUCACUUCUCAACAAGUGGAUGUAUUUCUCAAUGGAAUUCAAGUGACGCAAUCCACCGGCACCUACAGUUACAAAAGCAUGCUGGAGACCCUCUUGAAUUAUGGCUUCUCAGCCAAAAAGUCDCACCUCACAGCGGGGCUUUAUUACAAGGACACAGCAGGAGCCAUGGACGAAACAGAUUGCACCGACGAGGGAGACAAUAAAGGACUUCAAACCCGCUAUUCGUUCACCAAGGAAAGUUAUAUCGUGGACUUAUGGGGUCCCCUACACUGUGACAUGCUGUUCAGUGACCGUCUUCUUCUAAAUCACGUGGACGUCACCAUCAAAUUAAACCCAAACAGCUCAGCCUUUGCGUUAAUGUCCGGGGAAGCAUCUCCCAAUUACAAGAUUGCCAUUCAAAGUGCUAAUUUAAAGGUCCGUGCGGUGAAAAUAAGUCCCACCCUCCARCUCCAACACUUGACCGAGUUGAAGAAGGGUGUGAAUGCCAUCUACCCCGUGAGGAGAACCGAUUGCAAGACCUACACUAUACCCUUAGGAAAUCCAUCCAUUCAUAAAGGGGAUCUAUUUAAUGGACAAGUCCCUAAACGAGUAGYGUUGGCCAUGGUCGAUUCAGACGCGUUUAAUGGGAGUUACACCAAAAACCCAUAUAACUUUCAAUUGUAUGGAGCCACGUCCAUCAGCCUUACURUCGAUGGCGAACAGCGCCCCUUCAAACCCAUUGCUCUAAAGCUGGCACAAGCCAGGGAAAGGAAUUUUAUGGAAGUUUAUCAGACCUUAUUCUCGGGAACCGGUCGACUCUAUACAGAUUCUGGAAUCGAUAUCGCGCGAGAGGAUUACAAUCAAGGCUACUCCAUUCUCGUCUUUGAUUUAACCCCCGAUCUAUGCAGUUCUUCCACUCAUUUGAACCAGAAACAGAAAGGAAACGUAUCUCUGGAGGUUCAGUUUAGUACAGGCCUACCCAACGCRGUCAACCUUAUUGUUUACGGAGAGUUUGAAUCCACGGUGGAGAUUGACUUUGCUCGUCACGUAACUUUCGACUAUUCAGGAUGA